CUAUAAAAAAAAUAACACAUCUAAAGUUUGUAUUAAUGAAACUGAUUUAACACUUUUGCUUGAUAUCAGCUAUGUAAUCCAAUAUGAAGCUUAUAUUACUGACUUAGAUUAUCAUAUUGCAAUUGAAGCUACCCUUAAAGAACUUGCAGGUCCCAUGAACCCUAGUGUGAAUUUAACUGCUUUACAGUUUGGAAUUUCAGAAGCAACACUCAGGCAUGCUGUUAAAAAUGGUUUGUCUAAAUGUACUAGACCUAAAAUAAUCUUAAGCGAACAUAAAGAAGAACAGCUAGUGGAUUACUGUAAAAAUAUGCAAAGGUUAGAAUUUGGAUUAACAAAAUUAGAUGUGAACCACUGCAUAAUGGAAAUAGUUUGUAAUAACCAUCAUGCUCAUUCUUUUGCAGCUAAAGGGCCUGACAGAACUUGGUGGGACUGUUUUAUGAAAGAUCAUUCAGACUUAUCUUUUCGAACAUUCCAAGCCUUAUCUAAAGCAUAUACUCAAAAAGCAAAUCCAAUAAUUAUAAAAGAUUGUUUUAAACAACUACAAAAAAUAAUCAAGAAACAUUCACUCACUGCAGAAUAUGGAUGA